AAUUUUGACGAAUGGUGGUUUGGCAGAGGGUUUGCGAAUUGCGAUGAUGAGUCAAAUAGGGCGGAGGAGCGAAUCAGAAAUGGCGAAUCGCACCAUUCACAGCACCACACAACUUGGGAAACCCAUGGUUGCUCUCAUUUGCGGUUCUUUGGUAUAUUACCACUGCGCCUUUCGAAACUCCAGCCUCCUCUCCCUCGUUGCCGACGUUUUCAUCGUUCUCCUCUGCUCCCUCGCCAUUCUCGGCCUUCUCUUCCGCCAUAUGAACAUCUCGGUACCGGUGGAUCCGCUUGAGUGGCAAAUAUCGCAGGAUACUGCUAAUGGUUUGGUUGCUUGGUUAGCCAAUACCAUUGGUGCUGCUGAGUCUGUUCUUAGGGUGGCAGCAACGGGGCAUGACAAGAGGCUUUUUCUCAAGGUCGUUGUUUGCCUUUAUGCUCUCUCUGUGCUGGGAAGAUUGGUUUCAGGUGUUACAGUUGCCUACACUGGUUUAUGCAUGUUGUGCGUAUACAUGGUGUUGGAGAAUUCUGAGUCAACCAGUGGUUCCGUUUUUCCUUUUUCAAGGAGAGGAAACGACCCCACUUCGCACCAAGAUGCCAUCUAGUCUUCUUCGCUGCUUACUGUAGAUAUCUCUGUGAAUAUUAUAUUAUAUUAUCUACAAUUGUUUGUUCAGGUGGAGUAAUAAAUUUAUUUGAUGGAAAAAGAUUUAUUUUUCCAUCUUCGACUUUUAGAGAGGCAAGUAAUGAUCUAACCGAUUGAACUAUGGGGAUAUUGGUUAAGUAUUCUGGCACUUUCUAGGCAAAAUGCCUUGGAGAAACUUAAAAGGGAUGAAACAUGUUUACAAGUAUUGGAAUGCAUCAAUGGUUUUACUCUUAAAGCUAAUGAAUUAUUUUGCAACUUGUACUCUUAAAA